AUGAAUCAUAUGGCGUUGGUUUCUCCUUUCUCCACCAGCAACUCUCUAAAUCGACAGUCUUCUGUCUCAUUUGCAUUACGAUCAGCGCCAUGGGACUCAUCAAAGACACUUGUCCACCCUUUAGGCCACCCAACAGAGGCACCGCCGAUGUACUCGAUCAGAUCCAAUAACAGUGCUCCCAACGUGGUAUUAUCUCGGGGCUGGGGCGAGGGUCCAUGGGACAUCAUUGGCGACGCUCGACUGCCAAGUCUUUCUUCUAAAAUACACAUGGGCUUUUAUGGCCAGCCAAUCAACAUACGUUUGAACCAAUUGUCCGGCAACUUCACGCUCGAGUCACCAGUCACCGGUCAAUUGAAAUGGAAACUCGAUAUGUUAACGGGGAGGAAUAUGGAAUUGCAGGAUGCUACUGGUAACAAGUUGGCCAAGCUGCGACCAGGAAAAUCGGGUGAAAAGGUCUUGGAGAUUCUCGUCUCCCAUGACAGUCGUUUCUUUGAGUUGGUACUGUUCUCAGGGUGGACUGCCAGAACUAUGAACAAGUCGGUGACAGAGGCCACAGCUGAGGUUCUCGGCGCUGUUUUAGGGGCUUGA